AAGCGAGGAAUAUAGACAUGGAGGUUCGUUGCGUAUAUUCACUCAGUGUAUACUUGCUAACGGCAUUGUUAUCCAUCGCAGACCGCUAGCGCCUUUUGGUCGGUCUUGCUAGUGCCCAAGUACCCUCUUAUGGCCGACAUCCUUCAGUUCAUCAACGAGAAGGGCACAUACAAGGGUGCCAAUAAGGAUCUAUGGACGAUGACCUUGGAAUUCUGUCGAGCAGUUCGGUCUGACCUAUCUAAUUAUGACCCCGAAGGCGCCUGGCCGACCACGCUGGAUGAUUUUGUCGCCUGGAAGAGCAGCAAAUCGAGCGGGGAUGCCCCCGUGCAAAUCGAUGACUAGAAUGCCUCCGUCUCCCAUGAACAUCACACGGACAGUACAUCUAUAGCCCAUCUCUUAAUGAUCUCAUGUCGCUAUCGGUCGUCUUUCGCAUAUGUAUGUAUCCUCCUCGUUGCUGAGGUCUCCGGUUGUCCGUACUAGUAUCGUGCGCACGGCAUUCAUUAAUCAUGAUACUUGUCCCGGCAUUUGAAA